UGCAAGAUUCACGUUGCCUUUGCAAGUAAAGUACACAGUCUCUUUAUCUCUCAUCGUAACUAUAUCAAACAGAUCUAGAGGAGGGAAGGAAGGUGAACGGAAGUGGAAUGGGGAGUUACAAAGUGUGUUGUUGCUUUACUAGAAAGUUCAAAGUGACUGAAGCCGAUCCGCCCUCUGAUGUCAAAGAAGCGUUUGAAAAGUACUGCGAUGGUGGGAUUCAUAUGACUGCCGACCAACUGCGGCGGUUUAUUGAGGAGUGCCAGAGCGGCGAUGGAGAGGCAGUGUCGAUUUCAGAGGCCGAGCGUCUAGUGGAGCAGGUCCUUCACAAAAGGCAUCCCCUUGCGUUGUUUAUUAACAGGAAGAUUCUUACUUUAGAGGAUUUUCAUCAUUACCUCUUCAACUCGGAGCUUAAUCCCCCAAUUAGAUCUCAGGUUCACCAAGAUAUGACUGCUCCCUUAUCCCAUUAUUUCAUUUACACGGGCCACAAUUCAUACUUGACUGGAAACCAGUUAAGUAGCGAUUGCAGUGAAGUGCCAAUCAUCAAGGCACUGAAACGAGGUGUGAGAGUAAUUGAACUUGAUUUAUGGCCAAAUUCGUCUAAAGAUAAUGUGCAUGUUCUUCAUGGAAGGACCCUGACAACUCCUGUAGAACUCAUAAGGUGUUUGAAAUCAAUCAAAGAGCACGCCUUCGUGGCCUCUCCUUAUCCAGUUGUUAUAACACUUGAAGACCACCUUACACCUGAUCUUCAAGCCAAGGUGGCUCAGAUGGUUACGGAAACAUUUGGGGAGAUGCUAUUUUGCCCUGAAUCAGGGAAAUUAAAAGAAUUACCAACGCCUGAAAGCUUGAAGUAUCGAAUUUUAAUUUCAACAAAGCCUCCAAAGGAGUACCUAGAAGCUGAAGAGGACCAGCGUACCAAAUCACAGAGGGUUAAAGAUGCUGAUGAUGAUGAUGUUUGGGGCGAAGAGCCCUCAAAGGCUAUAGCAUACAAAGACAAAAACGAUAAGGACGAAAGCGAUGAAAGUGACCAUGAUCAUGAUACUGAAGAGUCAGAAGAUCGUGGAAAGAAAUCUGUUUCUUGUCCUGCAUACAAGAGUUUGAUUGCUAUUCAUGCUGGCAAACCCAAAGGUGGACUAGAGGAGGCACUCAAAGUCGAAAAGGAUAAAGUUAGGCGUCUAAGUUUGUCGGAACAAGCACUGGAAAAGGCGGCAGAACGCCAUCAACAGCAUAUAGUGAGGUUUACCCAGAAGAACAUUCUCAGGAUAUAUCCCAAAGGCACUCGUUUUACCUCCUCCAAUUACAAGCCACUAAUUGGUUGGCUACAUGGAGCUCAGAUGGUUGCAUUUAACAUGCAGGGAUAUGGGAGAUCACUCUGGUUGAUGCAUGGAAUGUUCAGAGCCAAUGGAGGCUGUGGUUAUGUGAAAAAACCAGAUUUUCUGAUGACAACCGGACCAAAUAAUGAGGUGUUUGAUCCCAAAGCAAAGCUUCAAGUGAAGAAAACUUUAAAGGUGAAAAUUUAUAUGGGAGAUGGAUGGCAUCUGGAUUUCAAGCAAACUCAUUUUGAUACAUACUCCCCACCAGAUUUCUACACAAGGGUGGGUAUAUCCGGAGCACCUGCGGACGAAAUAAUGAGAAAGACAAAGCCAAAGGAGGACAACUGGACACCUGUUUGGAAUGAAGAGUUCAGCUUCCCAUUAACACUUCCUGAAAUAGCUUUACUUCGGAUAGAAGUCCAUGAAUAUGACAUGUCCGAGAAAGAUGAUUUUGCGGGGCAAAUUUGUCUUCCGGUUAGUGAAUUGAGGCCCGGAAUCCGUGCAGUUCCGCUGUGUAACCGCAAAGGAGAUCCGUACACCGCAUCAAGGCUACUAGUUCGGUUUGAGUUUGUGUAGAAGAUCUCACUUGUGGUUUUUGUAGGACAUUGUUUCAAUCUUUGUAUCUCAAAAUAAGAUGGUUGUAUAUA